GGUAUUGUUCGCGCGUCCGACCGACACUGCGCUCUUUGCAUGCAGAACGGCACAGACCUGCUGCCUUCCUCUCCGGCUGCUGCCGUCCGUCCUCUGUCGUGUUCUGAGCUGAACUAUUUCCUCACCGACCCAAGACCUCCUACAAGUGCCGGCUACCAGAUGGAAGCAGCAGCUGUCCCCUCACCACCACAUCCAUCAACAUCGCCACCUAUCACUGCUGGCGGAAACACCGCCGCCACCACCUCAGGCCCCGGCAGAGAAUCAGGAGAUGUGGUAAACACGGGAUCAGGAAGAGGAUACCAAUUGCCCCAGAGAUUCCGGGCCAAACGCGAGAAAAACAGACAACAACAACAACAACAACAACACCAUCAACAACAGUUCCACGGGACCGGAAACAACAACAACAACAACAAGAAGGAUCCGCCGGUCGCCGCCGUGGCAGCGGUUGCAGCUGCAGCAGCGGCUGCUGCGGCCGGCAUGUCAAGGGAAGAAAUCAACCUCAACAGUCUCCUCGCCACUGCUCGACACGGCCUACCAAUCCCAUUCCCCGCAACGUCGUCCCCGCCUGGAUACAUGGGAGUGGCCGGCGGCGGGAGGGGACCCUUCAAUUUCGGCGGUGGGAUGGGAGGAGGAGGCGUGAUCAUGUUCCCCACCCCUAACGGACAGGUCAUCACCAAAAUCGGACCGUACAAAGAACCCCUGCUACCCAGCGGCCCCCCUCCCCUCCUGCCCCAUCACGGGGGGCUACAUUAUAGUCCCCUGGCGUUUGCUCACCACGCCAACGUGAAGGCGGCCAUGCAAGCCAUGGGGAUGUUUUCUCCAAACAACAGGAAGGACCACGGGUUCAAAUUCCCCCCACCACCCAUGCUCCCAGAGACACCAAAAUCUCCUGCUUACUCUGCUGCUGACAUGCACAAGGCACGGGUACACUCGAGGUCAGAGUCGGCCAGCCACGCUCUCGGUCAGAUCAACUCUCGCUCCACCCCCUCCUCCACCAGCAGCAGCCCCGGAGGAGGAGGCAGCAACCACGACCCCUCGCUCAAGAAGCUGAUGAAGGACCUGCAUCGCUGUGAGGUGUCCAUCGUCAGAUACCAGACCAUGCUGAAUGAGCACUGUGAUGCAGGGCUGCGGUUCCUCCGCCAGGCGUUCAUCACUCUGCACAUUGGUCUCAAUACCCGGGAGAAGGACAUUGCCAGGGAGCUCCAGAUAACCAGACAGACUGCAGGGGUGAUCCUGCAACGCCGGCACACCACGGCCUGCGUCCUGAGGCAGCUGGCAGAGAGGGCCGGGGAGCUGGAGGAGACACAGGUCCAUGAACUCAAGAAACAGAUCAAGCAAUUUGUGGCGGACAGGAAGGUCGACGAGGAGAUAGGGACAACAUCUCGCUUCAUUGGUGACCCCGACGACCUCUUGCCACACGUCAUGACCUUCGGAAAAGUUGUCAACCGACGUCAUGUAUACACCCACUGGGAAGGAGACCCGGCAGCGGCUGUCGAGAAGAGCAAACACGCCAGCACCAGGAGCAGCACUAGUGUCUUCUCCUCCCCUCCUUCCUCCCUUCCCACCACACCAAGCCCCACACACUCCAACGAACACACGACGCCCACGGCAACGACAGCCGUACCAGCAACGAAAUCAAACAGAGAGGGAUCAAAUGGCGACCCAAUAUCAGACGAUUCCGUCUUUGAGAGGGAAUCGCCUUCAGUAGAGAAGGAUAGCAUAGGAAGUCUUGACCUGGAGGUGAACGAGGAAGUAGGUGCCACAAAUCGAGGAGGAGAGAAACGCGAAGAGGAAAAAUCAGAGGUGGCUUGUGGGGAAGUGGAGGAAGAGGGGUUUAGGAAAGAAAGUGUGGGCGACAUACCCGACGGUGACUCUAUGAGUGUGAGCCAAUGUCCCAACAGAGGUUGUGGUAAGGAGGGAGAUGCACCACAGAGCUCUUCUUCUUCUUCAUCGGCCACAAGGGGAGUUAAGACGGCAGGGACACACCCACCAGCGACCCUGGAGAGUAGUUCAGACUCUCGGCAAGAGAGCACACCCUCUUCUCCUCCCACCUCUUCCUCCACCGCCUCUUUGAACUCCACACCAGCGGUGUCUGGUUCAAAUUCACCGUCUGUUUCAAGUGGAGAUUCUCCGGCCAAACCACCAGCCUCGACUGUCUCUGUCAGCCACAACAAGCCUCGUCAGCCAUUCUCUCGCAAGUUUGCAGCACCCAUUGUGGUGACGCACACCCGUCGCUCCUUCCCAAAGUCUCUUCCCAAGAACCUGGAUCCCAAAUCGACCGUCACCCUCCUCCUCUCCUCCCCCUCCUCCUCCUCCUCCUCCACCUCGGAUAAGUCACAGCAGAAGCACGGGAAACACGGGAACAAGAACAAAUCUUUUAACAGCCGCCGCGGCCAGUUCCCCUCUUCCUCCUCCUCCUCCUCUUAUCACCCCUCGUCAUCGUCAAUAACGACGACGGGGGCAGAGGGAGACCAGGAGGAGACCUCGAGAGACUCCCAGCCCACUUCCUCCGUGCCUUCAUCCUCGCUCAGCGUGAGGCUGAAGGGACGAGAGAAAGAGAGGGAGCUGUGGAGAAAGCGAUUCAGUACCAGUAGCUCUUCGCUCCCCAGUAGUAGCCGUGGGAGCAGUGGAGCUGGAGAGGGGGGAGGCAGGCAGGGUUCUAUGUCCGGAGAGGAAGGAGGAGGAGGAGGAGUGAGGGUGAAACGGUCUCCCGAGGAGAUGUCUGCCAUUCAGUCGAGAGUCAGGGAAUCCCUCAAGGCCCAGGGAGUGUUUCUCUAUGACCCAGUGACUGGUGCCAUUCCAGCUGAGUCCCUGAGGGAGAGCGUGGAUUCUGGGGUGGGGAAGUCUGAACCUCACCUCAGUGACUCCCUGCGCUCCUCCUCUGCUGACCUCAAGAAGAAGACCCCGACUCAGCUGCGUCGCGAGAGGAAGAAGAGGCAGCGGGAGCGAGAGAGGAGGCAGAAGGAGCUGGAGAGGAGGGGUCAGGAGGAGGGGGGCAGUGGUGGUGGGGACAAGCAGAGGGAAGGAGAGAGACUCACGGAUAAGACGUCGGCCAGCACCUCGCGGACCACUUCCCCCCUCUCUAGUCUGGAGAACAGCACCUCCUCCGAUACCCCGACUGAGUCUGUGUCUCCGUCUCGCUCCCUCUCCCCUCCUCCUCCUCCUCCUCCUCCUCUUCCUCCUCCUCUUUCCCCGAGUGACACCAGCAACAGGCUAGGGGAACAGGGGGAUCGGCCAGCAAGGAGGGGAGAAAACGACAACACAUUUCCCAAGACUGGCAGCAAAUCUGUUCCCGCUGGGAGUCAACUCGUUUCUUCAUUGUCGGAAGAUGGAGACAGUCUGAGUACAAAGACUGGGACGAAUGGUGAAGUUGGUGCCCCUGUAACAGCCAGGAAAGUUGGAGGAUCCCCCGGGCUGAUGAGGAGCACCGACAGUGCCAGCAUAGAGUGGGAAAUGUCUCGCCAGCAGAGGAGGCACGAAGGGGUUGACGUCGUCACACCCCUUGAUUCCCCGCACCAAAGCCAAACACGCUCUACUGGUGGUCCAGGCAGCUCAGUCACAGGUGUUGUGAACCGGACAUCGUCCUUGCCUUCUCCUUCAUCUUCCUCGCCUCCUCUCACUCUCACUCGAAAUGGCCUCACCCACUCUAACCACGCCACCCCUACCUCUGCACACUUAGCUCAGCAGCACCUACAGCAACAAAGCCAGCAGUGCACAUCAGCAGUCAUUUGCACCACCCCCUCCUCCGGCACAUCUGCUUCGUCUGUCAAUUACACCAACGGCACAACCGAACUAUCAUCAAAUACACCCUCCCCCUCCUCCCACCAACCCACCUCAACCAUAAACCCCUCCUGCACCCUCAAGAAGCUUCCGGCUACCAGUAGACAGAUGAUGUGUCCCAACAAGUUUCAACAAAAUGGGAACGAAGAAGGGCCUAUCCUCAUUAUUAAUGGACAUGAAGAGUAGUUCUCUAUUCAACUGCGUGGUACUCAUUUUUCUAUCCAUGUUUGAUUGACAGUUGUGGAGGUGUCACGUACGCGUGAAAUUGAUA